AUGCGCGGCGAUCGCCGAUGCGCUGUGUUCAUCGGACACAGCGGAUCACGGAAAGAGCCAAAGAUGUCGGCUCGGUCAUGUGAUCAGCUGUGUCCAAUCACAGCUGAUCACAUGGGACAUGUACACUGAUCAUCAGGGCACUGAUGAUCAGUGUGCCCUGAUGAUCAGUGUGGCCCCAGAAGUGCCACCUGUCAGUGUCCAUCAGUGCCAGCAGUCAGUGCUCAUCAGUGCCAUGUGCCAGUGCCCAUCAGUGCCACAUCAAUGCCACAUAUCAGUGCAUACCAGUGCAUAUCAAUGCCACAUAUCAGUGCCCAUCUGAGCUGCCUUUCAAUGUCACCCAUCAGUGCCAGUCAGUGCCACCUAUCAAUGCCUAUCAGUGCCGCCUAUCAGUGCCAGUCAGUGCCGCCUAUCUGUGCCAGUCAGUGCAGCCUAUCAGUGCCAGUCAGUGCCAUGUAUCAGUGCUGCCUUUCAGUGCCCAUCAGUGAUGCCUGUCAAUGCCCAUCAGUGCAACCUACCAGUGCCUCCUCAUCAGUGCAGCCUAUCAGUGCCCAUCACUGCAGCCUCCAUAGCGCACAUCAGUGAAGGAGAAAACUCACUUAUUUACAAAAUUGUAUAACAAAAACUAAGAAAAAACUUUUUUUUUUUUCAAAAUUUUCAGUGGUUUUUGGUUUGUUUAAGAAAAAAUAA